AUGCAGCCCACACUCCGCAGGAUGGGUCCGCCCAAGUACGCUGAGAUGCCAAACCACCCCAUCAAGAUCCACCCCGUCCGUCCGUUGUACAGGUUCAUGGCCACCGGUCUCGGCGCCUCCAUGUGGUUCUUCUUGAUGUACCGCGCGAAGAAGGACGGCCCGGCUCUGCUCGGCUGGAAGCACCCCUGGGACCACUGA